CUUAUAGAGACUAGCGGCGCCGCUCCCGCCUAGCGUCGCCGCUGUCCACAAAAUUCACGGUGGAGGAUUUAAUAUUUUGGGUUUUGGAGCAAGAACCGGGCAAGAUCACGAGCGCCUUGCCUGGGAGCCUCUCCGGAUCCCGCAUUGCGGCAAUCGAAUCGGCAGAUCGGGCGAGCGGGCGCCCGGCAAUGUCAGGGAUGAAAGCCGAUCGUGUCAGCUACACGGAGGAAUUCAUCUACAAUUCCAGAGGCACGAGGCUUUUCACUUGCCGAUGGAUCCCGCUGCGCCAGGAUGUCAAGGGAUUGGUCUUUCUUUGCCACGGAUAUGGAAUGGAAUGCAGCCGAUUCAUGAAAGGAACUGGACAACGCCUGUCAAGAGCUGGAUACGCGGUGUUUGGAAUCGACUAUGAAGGCCAUGGAAGAUCUGAGGGGCGGAGAUGUUACAUUCGCAGCUUCGACGAUCUCGUGGACGAUUGCAUCGUGUUCUUUAAGAACGUCCGAGAAUGGCCGGAGUAUAGAAGGAAGCCAUGCUUUCUUUACGGCGAGUCCAUGGGAGGCGCUGUGGCGCUCCUCGUCCAGAAGAAGACUCCAGGCGAAUGGAACGGGGCAAUCCUGGUGGCUCCAAUGUGCAAGAUAUCAAAGAAUAUGAAGCCGCAUCCACUGCUAAUUCGCGUCCUCGUGAAGCUGGCCCGCACGAUCCCGACUUGGAAGGUCGUCCCCAUCAAAGACGUGAUCGGCCAAGCCUUUAAAGAUCCUGUGAAACGAGAGGAGAUCCGAGACAACCCUUACGUCUAUCAAGGCCGCCCACGAUUGCGGACAGCGGUGGAGAUGCUCUACACAAGUCUCAAUCUUGAAUGUCAGCUCCAUGAGGUGAAGCUCCCAUUUCUCGUGCUCCACGGAGAGAACGACGUCGUCACGGACCCGGCCAUCAGCCAGGAGCUCUACGACUCGGCCGGGAGCCUGGACAAAGCCAUCAAGAUCUACCCCGGUAUGUGGCACGGCCUCACGUCCGGAGAGCCCGACGAGAACAUCGACAUGGUCUUCGAGGACAUAGUAACGUGGCUCGACAUGAGGUGCCCCCCCGGAAGCCUGGCAGCCAGUCCCAUACGAUUCUCGGACAUCCAGACGCGACGAGCAAUGCUGGCUUGCAGCAGCCCGCUGAGGCUGGAGGACGCUCACACCAGGCAGCCGGGCAUGGUUGGAUCGCUGCGGCAUAGGCAUCUCACCGGCCAGACCAACGGAGCGUCCAGCGUCCCCGCCAGCCCGAUGAGACUCUUCGACUUCCGGAAGAGAGGCCUGGCGUCCUCGCCGAGCGUUCCCGCCAGAGACUCGGAGCUCAAGUGCUUGCGGUGGAUGGAUCACAAAGGAAGCGACUCUUGCGCUCGCGGUGCUGCAAGACACGACAACGCGGGUCACCGGCUUCCACCGGUGAUGAUCAGAUAGCAAAGCUCGCAAGGGCAUAAAAAUAAGAAGAAGACGCGAGAAUUCAAGUGAGAGGUACUCCUUUAUUUCUUUUUGGGA